GGGCACAUGACAUGUGCAUUCGAUAACCAAGGGGAAGGUGGGCCUCGUGUACAGGCCACAGCCAUGCGACAUAACUUUUGUCGACACCGCCUUUUCGACGAAAUUAAUUUAAUAUUCACCCAUUCAUGGUUGGACGAGUGUGGUUGGAUUUUCUAGUGUAUUGGUUAUCCAGGGACCUCGCGCAACGAGGAAUUAGCAGUGACUUGGGGACGCUCGUGAGGCUUCCAAAAUUAAGGUGAAAGGAGUUUUCGUGUGACUUGGCUUUUCCAGUUUGAUGGUGCGUGUUGGUACUGAAGUGGACGCUGGACUGAACGAAGAGAUAAGCUUACUCCAAGCCAAUGCGCUCAUCGCCAGCAAGAUCGGGGUGCCUCAAAUUCUCCACCUCCAGCGUCCCCCAAAUUCUCCACCUCCACCGUCCCCUACAGCUCCUGACAGCGCUGGAUGAGGUGAUCCACGAGUGGAGACUGGUACACCAUGUGCUGCCUCCCCUCUUGCCCUCUUACACUGUCCGACUCCCGGUUGGAGUUCCACCGUGUUAUUCACGCCAGCAGGUAGACCUGGAAGGGCACAGCAGUGCCUGGGCAUCCUGGACAGGAACAUGCGGAAUCCCUUCAGGCUGUUGCUCCCCCUCACCAUUGUGUAGUAUGGAAGUUGUACACCAUUGUACUUCAUGGCAGUGUACAUUUCAUGGCCUGGAGGGUCCUGCAUGCGCUCCAGAUGCUUCUGUUUUUUUGGCCCAGGUGGCGUCGAUGUCAGUGUCGCUUUUGAACAGGUGGAUGCGGUUCUCGUCCAUCCCUGCCGGCCCCUUCAGCAGAUCGAUGGCACGCUGCACCCGAGCGUAGGUCUCCUGAGCCCCGACGGUCACCCUUCUGACGUGGUGCGUGAGGUCAUGCUUGGUGACACGCGUUUCGAUGAUCUCACUGUCCGUCAGGCCCUCAUAGCGGUCAGGAUUCCCAGCUUGGAUGACCCGCAGCAGUCAUGCCAUGUCGUCCCUGUUGUAUGUGAAGACCACGGCUGACAGAGCUGACUUGAACACCUUGUAUUUGGGGUGAUGGUCCGACCUGUUGGCCCGGUUGAAGCGGUGGAUCCAGUGGAAGAUAUCCAGCCGGACCAACAUGCCGGCCUCCGUCCACUCCCCAAACAGCUGCUCCAUGGACGACACCCCAUGCUGGUGACAGCAGCCGCGGUUACCUUUAGCUUACGUGAGGUGUCUUGACGUGGCGCUAAGGCAGACUCCCCUGCUAUAUACUCCACUGUUGGCGAAGCUGGCACAACGUCUUCACUUGACUGUUGUUUUUUUUAUACACGGGUUAAAUGUCCUUCAUGUGGCGGUCGAUGAGGCUGAAAUGGCAUAGUAAUGAAACAUGGUGAGGCCCACAGUACUAUUAAGAUAAAACACUGUGUACAUGGUAAUCAAAUUUGAUGUACCACACUUACUAUUUGCAGUAGCCAAUGUCGUUCUCGACCAGCCACUUGAAAUUUUUGCUUGUAUAUUUCCCAAAGGUGCACACCAGCUGACCUAAUACGUGUGCCUCUGAUGGAGCGGGCGUUAUCAGCUUGCAUUUCUUAACAGCUGUAAGACAGUAAGGGGAACAAAAGCUAAGUCAUCAUGCCUAGACGGUAGUGCAGAUGUAAGCACAGGUUUUGUACUGUACUCUUCUCACCUUCUUUGUAAGCUUUGGCUGAGUCCCUCAAUCUGCUGUCCACCGUCUCACGGUCCCGAGAGUGUGCCUUAAGGAAGUCCUUGGCCUCCUUGGACAUGCUAAGGAAACACUGCUGCCUGUCUUUGGGUGUGCUGGUGUCCAGGAUGGAAAGUGUGGGCAUUAGAGGAUCCAUCUGUAAACACACACACACACACACACACACACACACACACACACACACACACACACACACACACACACACACACACACACACAUUGUUGUGUUUAUAAUUGCAAGUUAUUCAGUGGGUUGUUUACACAAUUGCAUUACUGUAGGUUAAAAAAAACUGUAUAACUAUAAGAUAUCAACAGCAAAUUAUUUAAUGUAAACUACAAUAAAAGCUGUGGUCCCUAGUAUAAAAGCUGUGGUCCUAUCAAACACAAUACUGUACACUGAACAUUCUAAAACUAUAGAGUCUCACAGCGUGUGGGAAUCGUACGACUAUGUUUUAAGUCAUUGAAGUGACAACUGUGCCAGGUAUUACAUUUUAACAAAGUAAUACAACCAAACAGUACAGAAGCACUCGUGUUGUGUCUAUGCAAGCUUUCAUGUGUCCGCCUUGAUAAAUGAUACAAUGGCGUAGCCCCAAAGCAAUACGUUCUAAGUCAUUGAAGUGUCAAACGCCAGGUGUUAUUACACUUGUAUAACAUAAUACAACCAAAGGUUACAGAAGCAGUCGUAACUGCGACAAUGUAAGCUGUAUGUUCAUGUCCAUCCGCCCUCUUAAAAAAUACAUUGUAGCCGCAAAGCAAAGCAAUCAGCUACGUUGUUUAUAGGGCUGUCCGCAAAUAAUCGACCAAUCGAUGGUCGACCAAAAAAAAAAUUAUUCGACCGAAUUCCGUUGGUCGAUUGAUCGUAGGAAAAAAAAAUGCGUCAACUUUUAAUUUGAAAGGCGUGAGUCGUUGUGACAAGGAAGACGUGACACGACAAGAACAGAAGCCAGUUCAAGCCACUUAUUUGACCAUGUCUGGAAGACUAUCUAAAAUAUGGGAACAUUUCCAAAAGGACAAAGAUGACCCAAAGAGGAUUACUUGCAAAAUUUGCAGUAAAUCAUUUGCCUAUCACUCGUCCACGACGAACAUGCAUUACCACCUCAAUACUGUAAGUAGCGUUGCCUGCUAGCCUAGCUAUGUUAAUCUGAAGUUUUGAAUGCAAUAAAAAGAUUAAUUAAGUAGCCUACAUUUAGUUUUUUUGCUAAUAUUGAUAGGCUAAUGCUGAAGUAUCCAGUUCACUGUUUAACUUAGUAAAUCUUAAACUAUUUACAGGCGCAUCCACUUUAUUGCAACCUUGCCCCCACCACAUCGGCAUCAUCCUCCUCCUCGCCAUCAUUAACGCAGCAGAAGCUCGUAUUGAAAACCGCUCUGACUGAAAAAAGGAAGAGAGAGAUAACAGACAAAAUUGCCGACUUCGUAGCGCUGGACAUGAGACCUGUCAAUAUCGUCAGCGGUGAGGGAUUUAAAAGUCUAAUUCAAUGCCUCGAGCCAGCCUACAGUCUGCCAAGACGUGAGACGGUGAUGCAUGCGGUGAAGAGCAAAUACACCACAACAAAGCAAACACUUCAGACCAAAAUAGAGAACUGCAAAGCCCUCAGCUUAACGACGGACAUCUGGACAUCUAACCAGAUGGAAAGCUAUAUGACGGUCACAGCGCAUUUCAUUUCCAAUAACUGGCUACUGCAUUCGUUCGUGCUGGAAACCAAGGAGCUGGGAGUGAGCCACACAGCUGCCAACAUAGGCGAGCGACUCAGCGAAGUCAUGGCAGACUUUAGAAUCCCCGCGGAAAAAAGGGUCGCUAUUGUCCAUGACAAUGCUGCGAACAUUGUGCUGUGUGCCGAGCAGUUGUCUCGCAACCCGUCAUGGGGUAAGGUCCAAGGAGUUCGUUGCACAGGGCACACUUUGCAGCUGUGCAUCAAUGUGGCGCUUAAAAAAGAUCCAGUGUGCCGUGUCGUAGCAGCUGCCAGACGUCUUGUUGGACAUUUUAAGAAAAGCGCAAAGGCUACAGUGGCUCUCGCUGACAAGCAAAAACAGCAAAACGUCGUGGAGCACAAACUCAUACAGGAUGUCUCCACGAGAUGGAACUCCACGCAGUGCAUGUUGGAGCGUCUUCUGGAACAGAGGUGGCCGGUCACCGCUGUUCUAUCUGACCCCAAUACCACACAGCGAUCUGACCGCGAUUUGGAUCUUACCGCAGUCCAGUGGAGGAUAGCAGAGGACAUCGUGUCGGUACUGAAGCCGAUGGUUACUCUUACCGAAUUGCUUUCACAAGAUGACAAUGUAUCGCUCUCUGCCACGCUGCCCAUGCUCAUAAACAUGAAAAGGCGUCACCUGCUGCUGCGCGAGGAUGACGGUGCGGCCGCGACAGCAAUGAAGAACACGCUUCGUGAAGAAAUCGACAAGAGGUGGGAGCUAAACGGGGAGCUGCAGACCAGCAUAUACAUCAAAGCUGCUGUGCUGGAUCCCCGCUUCAAAAGCUUGUCAUUCAUGGAGGAAGAGAAACGCGAUGAGGCAUACACUACGGUGUUUGAGUUAGCUGAGAGUCUAACUCCAGCAGAAGAGCCUGCACAAAGACCGCUAGAUGAGGACGACAACGAGCCCAUGCCUCUACAGAAGAAAAGGAAGCAGGAUGAAAUAUCCAUGCUGAUGGGCACAGAUGAAGAGCAGCAGGCAGAGGAGCAGAACAGUGAAAUGGAACGGUAGGCCUAUUUGGAGGAUAAAACAAAAGUUGAGUCUGGAGGACCACUAGCAUGGUGGCAAAGAAAUGAGGAGCGCUACCCGAAGCUGGCCAGAGCAGCCAUGCGUGUUCACUCCAUCCCUUCCACGUCCACAUCAUCGGAGCGCAUCUUUUCCAAGGCCGGCUUCAUUGUGAGCAAGACGCGGAGUUAACUUCUCCCGGACAAUGUGGACAAAUUGGUCUUCCUUUCUCACAAUUUGAGAAAACUUAGAGCCGAGGACAAAUCACUGUGAGCCGAGGACAAAUCACUGUGAGUUUCUUUUCUUAUGCAAGGCUAUGUUGGUCUGUUAAUUUGCACUGUUUAAAUUAGGCCUAGGGCCUAGGUAUUAUUCGUUAAGAGAGCUAUGUUUGCCCAUUUUAUAUUCAUUAAGUUAUUCUUUUAGCAGAGUUGCCCUCGGUCUCUGUGACUGGUUAAACUAACACUAAGAAUUUCAAGUGUUUCCGUUCGGCCGAUCUUUGCCGGUUGUUAAGUUUUAAAACUAAGGUAGCCACCUUAAAACAUUUAUCUUUGGAAUCUUACAGCAAGCAAUCAUAUUUUUUUCGUUAUGUACAUUUCUUAAGGAAACGAAAAUGUUUUUUUUGUAUUAUUAUUAUUAUUAUUUCAGGCCUGCUGGCCUAUUUUGUUCUGUUCAUCAUGAACAGGAGCCGUGUGGCACGUUGGCAUACUUAAAAUAAAUAUUCAGAAUGUUCAAAAGUUCGUCUGUCUUUUCUGAUUAUUUUUGUGACACAUUCAGAAUUUCAACAUCUGAAAUCAUUUGCCCGUGUAAAGGGGACAGGUUUAGGAUUAUGGUCCUGCUGCUGUGCGCUUGUCUGCUGUGCGCUUGUCAUAAUGUCACUGACGUCGGGUUUUUUCACUCUCCGUCUGAGAGGAGAACUAAGCGGUCAAUUGUUUGCUAUAGGCUAGAUCAGAAUCAGAAAACAUAUUAUCAGUCAGUCACGAGGUUAGUGGUAAAUGCGCAUAGAUACUGGCAGUCGGACAUUAAAAAUAAAAAUAAUUUAAAAAAAAUAAA